GUGGAUUUGAGCGUAAUAUUUGCUCCUCGUCUUCACUCGAUGGAAUCCGAAGCCAAGGAGUACAAGGACUCCAGAAAGAAAGAAAGCAUGUUUGAGUGGUUUUGUCGUGGAUGAGCUUCCAUUAGUCUGAGAAUGAGGAUGGAGAAGCUCAAAGGGGAGAGAACAUUAUUUGCAGGUGUUACCUGCAACAAUGCUGAUAUGAAGCUCUUUCUCGUCUCCCUCGUCCUUUUCUGCUCUUUGGUUAUACUCAUCGUGCAAUUUCUUCCUUCUGAGAUUACCAUCUGCUCUUCCAGUACAUACAAGUGGUCAUGGCCCCAAUCACCACCUCAUAACGUUUCUUCUGCCGUUCGUAGCUUGAUGAAGGAAGAGCUGACCUCUGAUUCCGUGGUGAAGAGAGCUCUUAACGCUGUCGGAUCCGCUGCUUACCUCUUCGUACAGAUGGGCGCAUACCGCGGCGGCCCGAACAGCUUCGCGGUCGUCGGCCUCGCCUCGAAGCCCCUCCAUGUUUUCGCCAAGCCUCGGUUCAUCUGCGAGUGGCUCCCUCUUACCUUCCAUGGCGACGACAACAGCUCUGUCACUGCCUCCGGUCACACCAUCCUCCCCGACUGGGGCUACGGCCGCGUCUACACCGUCGUCGUCGUGAACUGCACGUUCUCGGUUGAUGUCGGGGCCGAUGGCACCGGAGGGUGCCUCGUGCUCCGUGCCACCACCGGCGGUGGUAGUGACCGGGCUGCGGAGACGGAAGAGAGGUUCAUUGCGAUGGAGGAAACUCCAGGAAGCGUCAACGUGACGAUGUUUUCAACACCGCCGAAGUACGAUUGCCUCUACUGCGGAUCUCCUCUCUAUGGCGACCUUAGCCCGCAGCGGGUGAGGGAAUGGAUCGCCUAUCACGCGAAUCUCUUCGGCUUGAAGUCGCACUUCGUGAUCCAUGACGCCGGCGGAGUCCACGGGAACGUGAUGGAGGUGUUGAGGCCGUGGAUGGAGAAGGGCCUCCUGACCUUGCAGGACGUCAGGGAGCAGGAGAGGUUCGAUGGUUACUACCAUAACCAGUUCCUGGUGCUCAACGAUUGCUUGCAUAGGUACAAGUUCAUGGCGAAGUGGAUCUUCGUCUUCGACAUGGAUGAGUUCAUCUACCUGCCAUCGGAAACCAAACUGGAACCACUGCUCGAAUCGUUCUCCGGCUAUACGCAGUUCACGAUCGAGCAAAUGCCAAUGUCGAACACGCUAUGCCAAUUCAAAGAUUACGGGAAGACUUCGAGGAUGUGGGGCAUUGAGAAGCUGGUGUACCGGGACGCGCGGAGGAAGGUGAGGAGGGAUCACAAGUACGCGAUCCAGCCGCGGAGCGCGUCCGCCACCGGCGUGCACCUCUCGCAGAACGUAGCGGGGCCGAGCCUUUCCGAAACAGGGGGUAUGAUCAAGUACUUCCACUACCACGGCACCCUUGCCAUGCGCCGUGACCCGUGCAGGGAGCUCCUGAACGUCACCAAGAUCUUCUUCGACAACACGCCCUACGUCCUCGACGAGACACUGCGGUCGGUCGCCGGAGAAGUCAGGAUGUUCGAGCUCAAGAUGAUCGGACCCCGUCUGGCUCACACACGAGAAUGAAUCAGCAGACAAACACUUGGAAAUAAAGAUGUGCUUCGCUGUAAGUUUGAAGAACAAUUACAUCAAAGAAGUAACUGGGAAGCUGGGGAUUACUUGAAGUUACGUAGAUAGAUUGGAGAACUUGCACUGAAAAGGAUUUACCAAUGUUUUAGAGUGCACGAAAAUGAAGAUUGGUUAAUACACUAAAUGGGGUAUUUGUAUACAUAUAACCAGAGAUAAAGGAAUGUUUCAUA